CGUGCCUCGAAAGUAGAGAGUGCUUAUUUAGAAAUAGUUACUAAGUAUAAUUAUUACAAAGAGAAGAGUCUACGUUAUUUUAUUAAUACAGCGUCUAGGCAGUAUACGGGUUGUAUUACUAUAAAGGCGGAGUAUAGUCUUUUUAUUUCUAAUAAAGAUUAG